AUGGAAGCAGUCAUGGCUUGCUGGGAGCUCGAGCAGUCGUUGCAAAGCUUGACAGGUGUGUCGCCAGGUGAAGGUACAGGGGCGACCAUGUCCGAUGAUGACGAAGAGCAAGUAGAGAGUGAGAGCAACCUUUUUGAUGAAACCCUGGACGGCCCUGACAGCAUGGGAUUCGGGCCCUUAGUACCAAGCGAGACCGAGAGGUCUUUGAUGGAACGUGUGAGACAAGAAUUGAAACACGAGCUCAAACAGGGUUACAAGGAGAAAAUCGUGGACAUUAGAGAGGAAAUAUUACGGAAAAGAAGAGCCGGAAAACUGCCCGGAGAUACCACGUCUGUCUUGAAAGCUUGGUGGCAGUCACAUUCCAAGUGGCCUUAUCCAACUGAGGAAGACAAGGCAAGGCUGGUGCAGGAAACAGGUUUGCAACUGAAACAGAUUAACAAUUGGUUCAUCAACCAACGUAAAAGGAACUGGCACAGCAACCCUUCUUCUUCGUCUUCUCAGAAAAGCAAGCGCAAGAGUGGCGCAGGUGAUAAGACGGUGAAUUAG